AUGGCGCUAAAAUACCCUACCGAAGCGGACGUCGAUCCGGCGACGCAGGUAGUUCAGAAAGAACCCAAGCGCAAAUGGGUCAGCUAUGUUUGGGACACAUUUGAUAAGUCACCAGAGGAGCGUCGAUUGCUUUUCAAAUUGGAUUCGGCCAUUUUAACGUUUGCAUCGUUGGGAUAUUUUAUCAAGUACCUGGAUCAGAUCAAUAUCAACAAUGCAUUUGUCUCUGGAAUGAAAGAAGAUUUGGGCAUGUACGGCAACGAACUCAACUACAUGCAGACAUGUUGGACUGUCGGCUACGUUAUUGGAGAGAUUCCUAGUAAUAUACUCCUGACUCGCAUCAAGCCGCGAUAUUGGAUUCCGGCGAUGGAGCUUCUCUGGACGGUUCUCACAAUGUCGUUGUCCCGGUGUAACACCCCUACUCAGUUCUAUGUUCUUAGAUUUUUCAUUGGUCUCGCGGAAAGUACCUUCUACCCCGGAAUGCAGUAUAUCAUCGGCUCAUGGUACCGGAAAGACGAGCUGGCAAAACGAUCAUGCAUUUUUCACACGAGCAGUGGAAUUGCUAGUAUGUUUUCUGGUUAUCUGAUGGACGCGGUUUUCCACCUCGGAGGGCGAGGAGGCUUCAAAGGAUGGCAGUGGCUGUUUAUUAUAGAUGGGGUUAUUUCCCUGCCUGUGGCUAUCAGUGGAUUCUUCAUCCUUCCCGAUGUGCCUGAGAUCUCCAAUCCAUGGUAUCUGAGUAAAGAGGCAAGCUUUAACAUUUCGAACCUUUGCGAGGUCAAUCUUGCUCAGGAGCGAAUGAGAUUAGAAGGACGACGGAACAGAGAGCCAUACACAAAGUCAAAGUUGAAGAAGAUCUUCACGUCGUGGCACAUAUAUCUUCUGACCUUGGCUUAUAUAUGUUUCAACAAUGGUGCCGCUGGAAGCCAGCCUAUCUUCCAACAGUUCCUCAAAAACUCAAAAGAUCCUGUAUAUUCAAUCAGUCAGAUCAAUUCGAUACCAACCACCACACCGGCAGUUCAAGUUGUGACAACCAUAGCUUAUGCGUGGUUAUCGGAUACUGUCCUGAACGGCAGGCGUUGGCCUCCGAUUAUCUUUGGUGCCUGCGUCAACAUCAUCAGUUAUGUCUCGCUCGCAGUUUGGGACAUUCCGACGGGAUGGAAGUGGACUUGUUACAUUAUCAGUGGGGCUGGAUAUGGACUGAGUGGUCUGUUGAUGGCCUGGGCCCAUGAGAUAUGCUCUGAAGAUAACGAAGAGCGAUCUCUGGUUAUCGGAAGUAUGAACGAAAUGGCUUAUGUGUUCCAAGCCUGGCUACCGCUUGUUGUAUGGCAGCAGGUCCAUGCGCCGGAAUAUCGCAAGGGCUUUAUCACCGUCAGCAUUCUGUCUGUUAUCCUGAUUAUCAGUACUUUUGGUAUUCGUUUCCUUCAUAAAAGAGAGAAAUUGAACAAAGGGAACCUGAUUCACGAGGUAGAGAAGACAGAGGGUAGCUCCUCGGAUUCGCCGGAAAUGAUCCCCAUUGAUCCAAUUGAGACAAGGCCUACCAAGUCUUGA